AAGAACCUAUAGAGAAAGUGGCCCAGUUAAUGUCUAAUAGAAUAUCUCGUGUGGAAACUUGGACCGGAACCGGAAAACAACCAAUUAACGAUAAAUACCAUACAACUCACGUCAACGAUCACUACGAAACCAACAGCAAUAGCAAAUCAAAUAGUCAUAACAAUACGGACAGUGAGUUCCAUCCGCCUAAAGUUUCAGGAAUAAUACCAACCAUGACAUAUAUCCUAAAUAACAACUCCACCAAGGGAGAAGCCACUAUAGAAGCAUUAACUUAUUUCAAGGAUUUAAUUCUCGAAGAAGUUGAUUUCCUCAGUUUAUUAUCGUUUGACAAUAAGCAUCUUUCUCAGUUAUGUUUUGCGGUAGGAAACUGGUCAUUCCCAGCCCAUGAAUUAUCCAAUGAUGAUUUGGUGUAUUGUGCAUAUUUAAUGUUGAAUUAUGCCUUGAAACAAUUGGGACCAGUGGAGGAUUUGCACAUACCUGACCAAAAUGAAUUAUUAUGUUUUAUAUUCAUGGUUCGAGACACAUACAAAAAUGGCAAUCCAUUUCAUAACUUCCGCCAUGCCGUGGAUGUAGUUCAAGCCUGUUUCCAUUUCCUCGUACGACUUGGAUGCUUGCCUGAAUUCAAACAGUUGAAUCUUGACCCAGAAAAUAGCCAAGUAAAUGACAAGACUGAUGUGAGUGCUGAGUUGAGUAAAACUGACCGCCAUUUGAAAAUUGUUUCUAGCGAAUCUGAUCAUUUGAACCCAUUGCAAACAUUGGGGUUGUUGACCGCAGCAUUGGGGCAUGAUGUGGGACACCCCGGGGUAACUAAUGCAUUUAUGAUUAAGAAUGGUGCACCCACCUCAUUAAUAUUCAAUGACCGUUCUGUAUUGGAGUCAUACCAUUCAUCGGUGUUUAUAAAUAAGAUUUUGGCGGUUAAUUGGAAUAGUUUAUUGAGUGCCAAGACCGAUCGUGAUUCCGGGUUGACGGUGCGGGAAUUAAUCAUAUCAUCAAUACUAGCCACCGACAUGGGCGAGCAUUUUGAGUACAUUAACAAGUUAAAGAAUUUGAAGUCUCAUGAUGAGUUUAUCAAUUACAAUAAUAAGGUGAAGCUAAUUUCGUCAUUGUUGAUUAAAUGUGCUGAUAUUUCCAAUGUCACUCGUCCAUUGCGAGUGUCUGCGCAAUGGGCCAUGGUUUUAGCCCGCGAAUUUGAAGAAGUUGCUGUAUUGGAUGCGAAAUUGAAUGACGGGAAACAAAUUGAUAUCAAUCAAGAUAUAACUUAUGAACCGAUCCCUCAUGAUUUGCAAGAUAUCUUGCGUGAGAAUCCAAAUUUACACAAGGGGCAAAUCUUUUUCAUCAAUACGUUUGCCGAGAAUUUAUUUAAUAGCGUAGCGGACUUGUUACCAGAAAUGAAAUACGCCUGUGACAUAAUUCAGGAGAAUAAGGGAUUUUGGUUGGUUAGAGAUAAACAAAUUGGUUAAUGUGUUUUUAGGUAUACUUUUAUAUAUAGCAUUUAUAGAGUUUUAACAUGUAUU